UAUUUUCGGUUAUUUGAAUCUCCCAAGUCGGACACGCGAUUGCUUGGGAGAUGUCCGACGCUCACCUCGCCGCCGUCCCUCGUCGUCUCAACUACCCGGCUUUCCCGCGGCACCACCCCGCCCUUCGAUCCUGCCUUCCCCUUCCCCGCCUCAACCGCAAAAACUCCCUUUCCCCGCCUUCGAUCGGUACUAUCUCGCUCAGCUGGGCUGUUUCUUUCGCCGCCGCCGGUGGAACGACCGCCUGGAGUGCGAAGGAGGUGACCCCGUCGCCGGAAGAGGAGGAACCGCCUACCUCGGUCGCGCUCGAGCCUAUCGUCAGCGAGGAGCAUUUCGAUCGGAUCAUCGCCGAGGCGCAUCAGCUCGAGGAGCCGAUCGUUGUUCUAUGGAUGGCUAGCUGGUGCAGAAAAUGUAUAUACUUGAAACCCAAAUUGGAAAAAUUGGCAGCAGAGUACUACCCAAGCAUUAGGUUCUACUGUAUCGAUGUGAACACAGUUCCACAUAGGCUUGUGAAUCGUGCUGGAAUCACUAAGAUGCCAACGAUACAGUUGUGGAGGGACUCUCAGAACCAAGCUGGGGUAAUUGCUGGAUACAAGGCAUGGAUGGUUGUCGAUGAUGUUCGUAAGAUGAUUGACAAUGAGGAUUGAUCUUGUGCACUCUCCCCCUCUCCCCCCCCACCCCUCACACUGUCUUUUGUACUGCUUUGUCCUGUUUGAUGGAGAUAGGGAGGAACAGCAACUUUAUUUUCAUUGAGAUCAAUUAAAGUUGCACGGAUGGUAUGAUCAAAAUCUUGAAGGAUGAACUCGAGUUAGAAGUAGUUAUACGUACUGUCAUUUUUUGCCACCAACUCAAUCCAUUGCUUGUCUUUUAAAUUCCUUUUCUUUUUACUCCUAAGGAGCAUGUUGAAACCUAAUAAAAGGUUCUUCGAUAUUA